AUGAAGUUUCUGCCAUUGCCCGAAUUCGAAGACGUGACGAGUUCUCUCAAUUUCGACACUGCCGAUUGCCACAUUGUCGGAGGAUGCGAUCUGUACACCACAAAGGCUGCUCGAGCCGAUCGGAAACUGUACAAGAACAUUGAGCAGUCGCUUGAGUCCCAAUAUGAAUCGGUUCUCCGCCUGUCAGCUUCGCUGUCACCUCCCAACGCAUCGGACGCGGCUGCCUCGCUCAAUCUAUCUCGGUCGAGUCCGUUCGGUCCCCUGAGCGACCAUUCCAGUCGACGAACAUUUGCCUAUUUGAUCGCGACAUUAAAUGCCAGUCAUCCGGAUUAUGACUUCUCCCAUGUGCUGCGCCCAUCGGACUUCCAUCGUGAACGGAAUCUGAAGCGAGUUAUGAACACGAUCGAUUCGACACUGUUCAACCUUCGGCCACGUGAGGCAAUCGAUCUGACACCUCCAUCUCCCGUGACGAUCUCGGGUUCCUACAAUGCGGGCGCGUCUUCUACGUGGGGGCCGAGAAUGUGGAGAGUUAUCGAUGAACAUAUGUCUCUCAAGGAGUGCUCCCUCUAUUCGUUUUCGCCGGAUGAGGAUCCGUCGGAUGCGGACGAUGGAGCAAUUUGGAGUCUUCAUUACUUCUUUUUUAACCGACUACGGAAACGCGUCUGUUAUCUGUAUCUACGAGCGAUCCCUAUUCUCAGCCACACGCCCAGCGAGGGACUUGCCACGCCGACGACGAAGAGAACGUAUGACGACGGAUACCUGACACCGGAACUUGCCUCGAGCAAGCGGGCUCGCUACUGGCUGGGUGAGGGCGUUGAACUCGAGAGCGAAAGCGACGAGGAAGCCAGUGGGUCGAAGCCCACGCGUCCAGUCGUGGACGAAUACGACCACUACCUGCUCAGCGAUGAGGAGUUCCGGUCCCGAUCGGGCAGCAAGGGCACCGUUCGGGCCAUGAGCGAGGAAAUCGCUGACUCGAUGGAGGUCUAA